AUGCCUAAAAGAAAAAACAAGAAACUAAACUGUUCGAAAAAAUUUCAACCUUCAAAUUCUUCUACAAAUGAUGUUGAACGUGAUACACAUGCAAAUGAUUUAACAAAUAUCUCGAUAGAUUCAAAUCAUGAAGAUUUUCUUGAUAAUAUCGAAGUAACAAUGAAGAAAAAAAGAAAACUCGUGAAAAGUUUUUUUUAUGAUUCAGAAAAUGCACCAGGUGCAUUCCAUAGUGAAGAUAAUGAUUCAGAUAAUCGUGUUCAACUUUCAACAACAACAACAAUUUCUCGACAUGUGAAUUUGGUUUCAUCGGUGACUAGUAAUAUAAAGUUAAAUCGUGGGAUUAAUAAAUCAUUAUCGACACAUGAGUAUUAUCAAUCGGAUUUACAUUCAUUUGAUACGACAUCUAACUCAUUGGUUCUUGAUAAUGAACAUGAUCGUUCAUCAAGCACUCGUUUAUCAUUAACAAAACAGACAUUUGAUUCUCAUGAAAAUCUAUCAUCGAUGUGA